ACAACUGUGACCUGGCGGAUUUGUAAAGUGCUGAUCUUUUUUGGUAAAAGCGCUAUACACCAUAAAGGUGAUCUGCGCGAUGUGUACUACACGACAACAGGCAGCGGAACGAGAUGCUAUCAGGAUUUAGCCGUCCUCUUUCGAGGUGCAUUUGUAAGUACGCCCGGAGGCGAAGGAAGCCGUCGGCUGCCAAUGGAGGAGGCGGAGGAAGGGGACGUGGAGUCGAGUCUUUCACGCUCAGUGCCCUCGGCGCACCGCCCAUUCACACAGGUACACUAGAUAAGAGGUGCGGAAGUUGCCAAUCCCCCCCCCCUUCAGUUCGAUCCGUCCCCGCCUGCCACAGAAACUCCCGCAGAGCUGAUCGAGAGCGCAAAGCGACUUUGUAACCCCCAACUCAACCAACGCAGACUCUCGGGAAGCGAAACACCGACUGGACAAGUGAAGGCGCGCGCGGCACCGAGAGAGAGAGAGAGAGAGAGCUCGGGCACGCGCGGCCACCAGGGAGUGCUCUGUGGACGUUUUCUAUUUUGUUCACGCUUUGGAGUCCGUUCGGUACAUUUAUUUACUCUUUUAUUAUCGUCAUUAUUCUGAGCUUUUCUUUCAUGGAGAGGGGACUUUUUUCCUUGCGCCACGUGCAUCGCAUUCGUUCUUCGAGAGCGCGCGUGGACACUUUGGAGGCUUUUUGAAGUGCGUGUCUUCGUGAUGCGCAAACGUCCAACUUCCAUUCCAAAAAAACACAGAGAAACAGCCGUAGAUGUAUGAAGAAAACCCCAUGCAGGCGAAGAUGGAAGAUCGCCCGAGGUCACUGACCAUCAACACCACCGCCAGCACCGCGCACUCCGACAGCUUCGCCGCCACUUCUUUGUCGUACGACAAGCAGUUCAUCCGCACGGUGCCAGGACUGCUGAUGGUCGCCGAGAUCAUUUUUGGCCUCCUGGUAUGGAUGCUGGUGGCCGGGACGGAGUAUUUCCGAGUUCCAGCUUUUGGAUGGGUGAUGUUCAUUGCUGUUUUUUAUUGGAUCCUGACCGUAUUCUUUUUAAUUCUGUACCUGACAAUGGCCUACACAAAGAUCACCCAAGUCCCAUGGACUACUGUGGGUUUAUGCUUCAACUGUAGCGCCUUUGUGCUGUAUUUCACUGCUGCGGUCGUAGAGGCCACUUCAAUCAAGCACGAGUUUGCUAGAAGACAUGACUUCAACAGUUGGGCUGCUUCUUCGUUCUUUGCCUUUGUGGUUACAUUCUGCUAUGCGGGAAACGCCUUCUUCAGCUUCAGAUCUUGGCGGGCAAGAGAUCAAGGACCUUGAUGACUUGAGGACCAAUCUGGGGGAUCAUAGUUUUUCUUUCUAAGUCAUGUGAAGAAUUGACCAAAAUUUUUAAUGAAGAAGUACAUCAAGAAUCGGUUCAUUUUAGAAAGGAGCAGAGCUUUGGAUUACUAGUAACGUUAAAAACUCGAUACACACGUGUGGUAGUAAGGCAGUUCUUCUUAUUAAUACGCACCUUGCGCUUUUCAAUGGUUGGAAGGGCUUAAAGGAUACGAGCAGAUGAAGCCUUAAGUGACCUGAUGAGUUGAGAACGAGCUUCACUGGACUCCGGCAGAGAGCGUCAAGUACUGCACGAUUACCAACACUGGCGCAAAUAAACUCGAUGAAGGAACUGGAGAGGCUUCAAAGAACAAUUGAGUGAGAAUAAGGAGUUGUAUCCUACUAGGAGACUGCGUCAAGCACACCACAAAUUCUGUUCCUUCAUUAAGGCUGAUUUCUACUCCUGUGCUGGGCCUACGCCACCUGACGAGCGGCUUCCUCAAAAAAUGUUAACCCCACGGCUCUGAUUGGCCAGUUUGGUAACUAUGUACAACAGUGUUUCCCAAACUCGGUCCUGGGGACCCCCUGUGGCUGCAGGUUUUUGUUCCCACCAGCUUCUGUUUUUAAUUGGAAUCCUGGGCUAAUUAAGUGGACUGAUAUUUCCCAGGUUCUGUAUUUAGGGAACAAUAUAGAAAUUAGAAAACUAAGUUUGCUAAAAAGAAAAAAUGUAAAUGAACCAAGCAGUUA